UGGUCAGAGGGAAAGGAGGAAGAAGGAGAUUGUGAUGGAGAAAGGGGGUCUGUAAAACGUCAGGCGCGCACAAAGGCUUUGCCACGUAAUUACAGGCUCCUAUUAAGUCGAGAUCUGCCCUCCCAGGGGUCUCCAAUUUUCUUGUAUUCCCUACAAAGCCUCCUCUGCAUGCCAGUUUGUGCCUUUUGAAGUGCCAGAGAGCUUCUUGAUCCAACUGAGAAGGAAAAAGGCGCUCAGCAAGAAGAGGGAGAGAGAGAGAGAGAGAGAGAGAGAGAGAGAGAGAGAGAGAGAGAGAGAGGAGAAAGGGGGGACCCACGCCACCCUCCUUCCUACUCUUGAAGCCCUAUUUUUUAUUGUAUUUUUUUUUUUUUACUCCUUACGAAAAGUGAGAAUCCUGCUCGCUAAUACAUCUGCAAGACAUCACCCUCUCCUCCUGAAACUUUAGUCACUCCUGAGAAUCCACAGGAGUGCAGAGAGGGGGGAACACGUUUGCUUGAAGAUGUUUUAAAGCUGGAACAAGCCUUCUUCUGUUGGUGCUUGAACUCUUGCCGGGGAAUAACUCCUUUAACCUUUUUUUUUUUUUUAACCCACUUUGAUACUUCUCUCCCACCCCUUUUUCUCUCUUCUUCUGUUUGCCUAACUCCCCCGCCCUGCUGGCCUCCCCUUUCCUCUCUCCCCCUUAUUAUUAUUUUUAGUGUGUGCGUGUGGAUGCUUUUUGAGAGUUGGAAGGGAUUUUUUUUUUUUUUACUCCUGACUUAAACAUAGGGUAACUUUUUAAAUUUUAUUUUUUGGUGUGGAUUAUCUCUUUGGAUCGCGCCGGACUUGGCUUCAGGAAAGCAACUAAGGCUGCAGGAGGCUGCGGGUGCAGAACGCUCUGCUCUGCUGAAAGGGGUCCCCCCCCCUCUUUUCCUUUUUUUCUUUUGGCCUUCCUAUCCUUUCUCUCUCCCCCUCUCUCUCUCUCUCUCUCUCUCUCUCUCUCUCUCUCUCUCUCUCUCUCUCCACUCCCCCCUCUUUCUUCCCCACUCGGCUCCUCUCCCCCCUCUCGCCCACAGCGUUUGGUGUUGAUUCGAGCGGGAAGAGGGGGGUGGGUGGGAUUGGAGGGGGAGACCAUGACCUCCAGCUACGGGCACGUUCUGGAGCGGCAGCCGGCGCUGGGAGGCCGCUUGGACAGCCCGGGCAACCUCGACACCCUGCAGGCGAAAAAGAACUUCUCCGUCAGUCACCUGCUAGACCUGGAGGAAGCCGGGGACAUGGUCGCAGCCCAGGCGGACGAAAGCGUGGGCGAGGCGGGCAGGAGCCUGCUGGAGUCGCCGGGACUCACCAGUGGCAGCGACACCCCGCAGCAGGACAAUGAUCAGCUGAACUCAGAGGAGAAGAAGAAGAGAAAGCAGCGGAGAAACAGGACAACCUUCAACAGCAGCCAGCUGCAGGCCUUGGAGCGUGUGUUUGAGAGGACGCACUACCCGGAUGCCUUCGUGCGGGAAGACCUUGCGCGCCGUGUGAACCUCACCGAGGCCAGAGUGCAGGUGUGGUUUCAGAACAGAAGAGCCAAGUUCCGCAGGAACGAGAGAGCCAUGCUGGCCAACAAAAAUGCUUCCCUCCUCAAAUCCUACUCAGGAGACGUGAGUGCCGUGGAGCAGCCCAUCGUCCCUCGUCCUGCCCCGAGACCCACCGACUAUCUCUCCUGGGGGACAGCAUCCCCAUACAGCGCCAUGGCUACUUAUUCUGCCACAUGUGCCAACAAUAGCCCUGCUCAGGGCAUCAACAUGGCCAACAGCAUUGCCAACCUGAGACUGAAGGCCAAGGAAUAUAGUUUACAGAGGAACCAAGUGCCAACAGUCAACUGAGGAAAAAAAAAAUUAAACAGGCCUAAGAAGAAAUCAAAAACCAUAAGACACCUAUCCUGCUCUGUCAUUUCUUCAUCCGCUGGGAAAAAAAAGUAAAAACAAUCAAACAAACAGAACUAACAUAUUGGGACCAUGGCAGAGAAAAACAGGAGAGGAGCAAAAUGAAAAUUAGUUAACAAAUGUUCCUCCUCCCUCUGGAAUUCCACCACCAUUUGUUUCUGUGUGUUUAUUUUAUUUUUCUUUCUAUUCAUGCUUUGAUUAAUAUACUCCAAGCUUCUUCGGUUAGGGUCAGCCCACCCACUCCCAUAAUCCUGAGAGGUUUUGAAAAGGUCUGCGGCAGCCACAAAGCCACGUACACACAGGCUCAGAGAGAUGCCCCAGGCCUUGUCACCAACCUGUGAGAACCUCAGUGCCUUACUCUGAGCCCCUCCCACUUCUCUCCAGGAGCUUUUGCAAAGCCAAAGUCUUUCUGAAGAUCUGUGCCUCCCAUGAUUCCCUUUUCACUCUCUCUCUGUCUGUCGGUUAUGGUAAGGUUUUCUUCCGCCAGCUGCUGGAAACAAAAAUUGUGUACAAGUUUGGUCUCUGGUCUGUCUGAUCAGCGUGGCUGGCUGUGGCUGGCUGUGGCUGGCUGUGGCUGGCUGUGGCUGGCUCACUCUAAGCUCUCGGCUCUAGGUCUGAGCUCUAAGCUAUGCACCAUAAUAUCACCAGCAACACCACCCUGCCCCGUUUAGACAAUCAGUCAUCUUGAGUUAAAGUUAUUUGUUGUCACAGGCUGUUUGGUAGAGGAAAUAUGUUCACUGAGAGGGAGAGAAAUUUCUCUAGGAAAACAAAGACGGAAUUGUGAAAGACAUGGCCUACUUCUCUUUGGUGCCUUAAGGGUAGUCAGAUGUGCACUUAUAUAUAUAUACUGUACAUAUUUAUAUAUAUAUAUAUAUAUAAAAUAUUGCAAGCUUGAGUCUGUAGUUUUUCAAAUUCUACAGGAAGCAAAUUUCACACCAUCACCACAGUCCUGAUCUCUGCAGUGAUGAGACAUUAGUAAGGGAUCUUGCUUCUUUUCUUAUAUUCUACACAGAAUUCUCAUUAAGGCCACGCAGCAAUUGGCAGGGCAGUUGUUUGAGAACAGUGUCGUUUUUGCAUUAGGGCUUUAAAUGAAUUACAAAUUAUUUGAGAGAACAAAGAUGUCCUUGAAUUUGGAGCUGGGGCUCUGGUUGAAUGCUGAUAUAUUCUAUCAUGGGAAUUAUACUUAGAGGAGGAAAAGAUAGUCAUCUGCUUUCUCCACUCAACAGAAAUACGAAAGACAGGACACAUGUUUUAAGUGGAAUAUUUAAAGGUUUGUCGAAAUUCCAAAAACUUUAAAGGCAAUUGUGGACUUUUUUUUUUCCUUAAUGUUUUGAAGUAAAGUUUAGCAUCUAGGGUUAGGAGCCAAGACUGAUCCCUAUUUCUUUCUCUCUGUUUCCAGCCUUGCUUUAUUAACUUGCCAGGUGGACUUGACCCAACCUUAUUGCCAUGCCGUGCCUCAGUUUGCCUGUUUAUAAAAUGGGUUUAGCAAUACCUCCCUACCUCACAGGGGUGUUGUGAGGCUCUAUUCCUGUGCUCCUUUAAAGAUUUCUGUGUUCUCUGCAUGUCCAGCACUCUAGCCUUGGGAGGAAGAGGACUAUAAAAGUGUACAGUGUUCAUGGAGUGGUGCCAUACCAGGAAGCCUUAUUCUCUAGCAAGGAGAUGCUCCCUUGCUGUACAUACGUAAAGCUUUGUAUUUGGAAGCAAGAAACAGGUUUAUAUUUUUAGAUGUCUGAGAAAUCACACCAUUUGACCAAAGAAUAAUUUAAGACAUGCAAAAUAGACAUAUAUUAACUUAUAUUCUUAUCCUGGCCAGCUUGAUUCUAAUACAUUUAGUUACCUGUGAUUAGAAAUCUUUAGAUUGAUUUUGGCCAAAUAUGCCAACUGUGCAUGAUAAGUGACAGGCAAGAACUUUGGGUGUAAGAUGCACUUUUAGCAAACAUUUGUAUUUCCCUUGGCAUAUCAGAUUGAGCUAAUGGUGAUAUUUUUUCCCAGACUAACAGCCACUCAUCUCAAAAUGUAUUUCAAAUGUCUAUUCUGUACUUCUUCCAAUAAUAAGAAGAAAGCCCAUCUUAGGCAUUUUGCUUUCACAAACUGGUCCCCUCUCCCUUUAACCCACUAUGAAAACAUUUCUUAGAGAAUGGUUCACGUAGGUGAACUGGACAAUUCACAUUAGGUUGGCUGGACAAUUCACAUUACUUGCUUCUGAGAAAUCUCUCGACUCAUUCUUCUGUCCCAUGCAUUUCUGUGGAUUACUGAGUUUCAAAGGAAUAGUAUGACCUUACAGAUGGAAACAUUAUUUGAUUUGUGAAGUGAGUGCAAUCCAAAAAAAUGAUGAAUUUGAGGGGUCUGGAGUUUGGAGAGAAUAGCUAAAGGAGGAUUUGGGUUAUAGGUAAAGAACAGAAGUCAUGCAUGGAAAGGGGAGACGCUUAGAAAAGACAGUUACGUAAAACAAAAUCUUUUGAAACCUUCAUCCUGACAUACGUUUCCAGUGGUCUACAGUAAAUCCUGGCCCCAUAAACCCAAACGGUGGGGGAAACUGGGAGGUUCUGUCUGACACCUUAGACAAGCCAUUUCUGGGAAUUGGAAGUGAUUGGUGCCGGUCAGGCAUGGGACUGCCCAUUGGUAGUAAACCAACACUACAAGCAUCCAUUAUUUGAGCACUUGAUCAAGAAGUAAACCAUCUAGUACUAGCACUCGAUUUACUAUUGAUUUUUUUGAAAACAAGUUUGCUAUGUGAUUUGGAGAAGUAGCUUCUGGCUGUUAAACCAGUUUUCAGAAGAAGGUCUCAGGGCCAGACCUCAAGGCCUGGUCAUGCCCAGACAGAGAUGAGCACCAUGAGCUGUUGCCCCACCCCCCUUCCAAACAGGAUGCUGAUGUGUAGGGUAGUCGGCAGGUUAAAUUAAAUCAGAAGAAGAAACCUAAUAAAAAAAGGAAUGACAUAAUGGUAUAAAGAUCUCUUAAGAAAUGUAAUAUGUAAAUUAUAUCUUGCUUUAUGAUGUAAAAUAUACAUUGUUUGCGCUAGAAUAGAAAUGUUUCCUUUUCAAUAAAAUGAAAGAAGGAUA